AUGUUUCAGCUUCUCAUCCUAGUGUUCUGUUUUCUGAGUGAAGUUCAGGGGAUAUGUUAUUUCCCAGCUGUGUACCAAGGAGUUUUUGAAAGUCAAACUGUUGGAGGAAACUCAGAUGUAUCAUAUUCAUCAAUAUCAGUUCUAUAUGAUAGUAUUCCUGUCUGGGGUUACUGUUAUAGAAGAGUAGGAUCUAAUGUUAUAUUAAAAGAGGAUUCUGGAGGAAUAACAUGUUAUCGAUGUUUUCAUCUUUCUCUCAGAUCAUCUAAUAUUCUACAGAUACACACCAAGGGUUUAAACAAAUGUUUUACAACUGAAGAUGCAGCUUUAUCAACCUGUGUAUCACAAGAUGAGAUGAUGCAUCAGGAUGUAUCAGAGAUUAUGAUGUAUAGAACUAAAGGAUUUCUAGGAGAACCUGCUGUUAGUCCGACCUACUGUCCGUUUAAUGGAGAAUAUACGUUUACAUAUUCAGUAAAUGAUGGUACAGAGAAUACAUUAGAGUGUCCUACACCUAUAUCAGAGAUAUCAGAUUGUCCCUUCGGGUUCGGGUUCAAUCUUCAGUUUAAACAGUGUUCCUUUGGUGCUCUAGAGAUCUCCUUCCACUGUCUUGGAGAUUGGGAGGGACGGGACGGAGAGAGAUUUGUUGCUCUCAUGGAUACAGGAGCAUCACUUACUCAGGGUAGACCUAGAUAUAGGUGUGCAAUAUAUAAGGAGGAUAAGAUAACUGGCAAGGUUAAGAUGGCUCUAUCCUCAGAUUCAACUUGUGUUUCAAAUCUUGAUUCAUCAGAGAGAGGAUAUGAGACUAUGGUUCUACAUCCCAAGGAAUCUCCGUCCUGGCCGGAGUUAGAUUCAUCCUGUAUAUUUCCAGACUGGAUUCAAGGUUCCUGGGAGCAUGUAGAUUUCCAAGGAGAUACCAUGGUCUACAAGGAUCAUAGAAACUUUAAAACCUACACUGGAAAAUGUAUUCCUCAUAGUUCAGGAGACCCGGAGAGAUUUCUUGUUUAUACCAGAACCCAGUGUGGAGAUGAAGUUUACAAGUGUAUAUGGAUAAAGGAACGUGGAUUUGUUAUUAUCAUAGACAAACCAAUCCUAGGUUCAACUGGAAUCUCUCAACCUCGACAGAUGAACCAGUGGACCUGGAGCAGGGUUCAGGUUCACCAGGGUUGA